CAAAUCUUCUACUACCUGGAAAUCAGGCAUCGAGAUACAUGGCUUCACAUUUACCAAGUUCUACCUCUAAUUGCACCAAGAACCAAUUUUUAACCCAAGGAAAUUCUGAUUCUUGACUCGAACACUCUAGACAAAAGUCUUUGGAAAAUUGAAAGCAAAACAUCCAUUGUUCAUUUUAUCAAAGAAAUACUUCUAUGAUUCCAGUAUUCAAUGAAAUGCAUUCCUUAUAUUUCAUUGUCUCAACUCAAGCUUCACAUACGCGGUAUCCAAAUUUCCUAAAGCGUCAUUGCCGUCUCUUAGGUUUUUCUUUCACCAUAAUGUUUUCUAUUUUGCAGUUUUUCAUCUGCUAUGAUAAAGUUCAAGCUACAUUUAGAGACCAAUCAGUCUAUGAUAAACAACCUUCAAGGCCAUUAAACACAGGAUACGACCAACACGGGCAGUCAUGACGGAUGUAAUAAUGAGGGAUGCACCAGCAGCAGCUGCAGCUAUGCAACGACGAGCUGGUGGAGAUACACUUGCAAAUGGUACAGCUCCUCCAGCUAUAGGCCCUGCCCCUAAAGGAACAAGUGGAUUAGCUCGUGGAGCAGUACCACGCACCAAAUUCUCAGAAGCAUAUCGUUCAAUCUUCACUCUCAGUCAACCGGACAUCAUUCCACUUCUCAAACAUGUAAACUGCAAUUAUUUAUCUACCAAAGGUCAUUCACCUACAGUAUUGGAAUUAAAACAACAUGCUCAAGCAUUGGUCAUUCUUCUCAAACAAAUUACCCUCUCAACUCAGCCAGGAGUUGUUGAUAAUACGAAUCUAAAUGCCCUCACGGAAAUUGGUCCCAAAGCUCCUAGUUUUAAUGAGAAUGAAACUUUCGACUUUCUCAACGAUCUUAGUAAUGUAUAUGAUAACAAUACAGUUCAUCACAAUCUUCCGCUUCCCACUCUACUCAAUACUCUAGAACCUCAAUAUCUCGAACCUGGAACCAUGGUAAAUCCAGGACAACAAGAUCAUUACGUCGAUAUUGAUAUCUGUCCGUUACAUCCAGUGGAUCCUGCACCUCUCGAUGGUCCAUCUCUUCCAUAUGCUACUCACGAAGCACUUCUUAAGCAUGCAAAUGAAGUUCUCGAACUGAUUGAUCAUGAAUAUAGUGCCAAAGGAGGUCUUCUAGGUGUACUUCCUCAUGAAACUGGUGAUGAAGAUCGACCUCUAGCAGAAACUACUCUCCUAGGUCAAAUGAUCCUCUACAUCCAACGACUAGUCGCACGUCUCCAUAAUCUUGAACGCCUCCACGCAAACGCCAUGGAUGUAAUGAAAGGAGAAGCUGUUGUUCCACAUCAAGCUCUCUCACGUGUUGGUCCAGAUGGCCGCAGUGGACGCGAGCUCGUCUAUCCUCAAGAUCGAUUCGUUCUCGUCAAUGCCGGAGACGACAUCUGGCAAUUCCUCAAUGACGAAUUCGAGAAAAAAGAACGCGUUGAUGAACAAAUCCGCGCAAAUCAUCUUCGUCUCGGCAUCGAAGGUGAACGUCUCUGGGAAACUAAAGGCGGAAAAGAAUGUUCCCGUGGCAUCACAGCCAUCGAUGUAAUAACCCGCUACUAUCGUCUUCGCAACGACAGUCUCAAAACCAUCUUCGUAAUCCCCGCCCACGCCGAACAUCCCGGCGUAAAAGUAACCCGAGACAUGGAACGCAACCCUACCGUCGUAUCAGUCGUAAAACCCAUCUGGCCGGAACGAGUCUCCGUCUGGGAAAAGCAAACGCGGGACGAUCUCGAAGAACUCCGUCAACUCCGCCGAGACAACACCUCUCUCCGCGAAGCUGCCGAAAUCUCAGAAACCGAACGAGCCUUCCUCCUCAACGAAGUAAAAACCCAACGCGGCAACGUCUACCGCAUCAAAGAAAAACUCAAAACCUUCACCGAAGGUCCCAACCGCGACCAACUCUCCAUCGACCUCGACCUACAACGCGAAUCCCUCGAACAAGAACAAAUCGAUUUCGCAACCCAACGCGCCCAACUCGAAACCCGAGCCCAAGACCUCGAACUCCGCGCCCAAGCCCUCGCCACAGCCGAACAAUCCUCCACCCAACGUCGCGCAAACGAAACUGCACAAUUCGCCGCGCGACGCGACGCGCUCGAAAAUAUCUACAAGCAGCGUCUCAUCGAUCUCGAAAAUGAUCGCUUAGCAGCAGUAGAAUCGGGAACGCGACUCGCGGAUGAAUUUCAGAAGGCUUGGACGGAACAAUUGCAGAAUACGCAGACGUUGGUUAGUUUCUUGAAUAGUGAUCGUGCGAAGAGCUUAUUAGCCGAUAAUUUGAUUCCGGAUGAUAUUGGGAGGAGGGGGAUUAGAGGGGCUCAAGAUGUGGUGGAGAGGGUUUUGAAGAGGUUGGGGAAUCCGCAGGGAGAGGGAGGGGAGGGGAGGGAGUGAGUUUGUGUGUGUUGGCGUUGGGGUUGGUGGAUGGAUGUUGGAUGGGAAUGGGGGUGGAAUUGGAGUUGGCUUGCCGUUUUUUUACUUGCUUUUGUUUGUAUUUGUAUUUGACUUUGACUUUUUGGGUUUUGUAGUUUAUUAUAUGCAUGUAUGUAUGUAUGUAUGUAUGUAUGUAUGUAUGUAUGUAUGUAUGUACCUGUGUACCUAUGUACGUAUAUAUACUCUAUUAUAUACUCACUCUAUCUACA